AUGUCUGGCAACGGGAUGAGCGGGGUCUUCACCCCUGUGAUUCAGGGCAAGAACCAGCAGUCCAGCAUGAACAGCAUGCAGAACCAUAACACGGGCAACAGCACAAAUGUACCUGUGACUGGCUUGUCCUUCACAGGUGGCGCCUUCUUAAGUGGCAACUCAGUUAACGGACCACCUCCGCCACAGGUGAAAAAUACUCAAGAACCCCCACUCUGCUAG